AUGUACAUGCCUUGUUCAGAUAUUUUCAUGAAGUUAAAUCAACUUAAAUGUACUUCCACUUAUUUCCCUAGCAAUUUUCCGAAGAUGGUUUUUGCGAAGGCAUUUGUUUCCAAGUACUUAGACAUUCUCAACAAUUUGGGUAGAAAGAAAAAGAAAUGUUUGGUGGCACUUGAAGAACAAAAAGAUAUCAAAAGAUUAAAAUUUUCACAACUUUCCCCUCCACCAGCCUUAAAAAUGACUUCAGACACACCAGGAAAUGUAUCCGGUUGA